CCCAUUUCUCAUUCAAUACAAAACCCAACAAAAUCAAGAGAUAAAGAUACAAAUCCCCCAGAAAAAUGAAUAAGUUUCAGCUUUCCUUGUUGCUCUUGGUAGCAAUCUGCAACCUGAUGACAGGACGGACAAGCGCCAUGUACCACAUUGUCGGAGCAAAACUUGGCUGGAACAUUCCCCCAAACAAAACUUACUAUCAAGAUUGGGCUAAAUCAAGGGUCUUUAGUGUUGAAGACAAACUACUUUUCGCAUUUAGGUCACCUUUGCAUAAUGUGGUAGAGGUUGGAAAAGAUGAUUUUGAUGAAUGCAAACAAGAAAACCUCAUCUACACAUAUUCCUCGGGGCCCCUUAUUGUGAACUUCACGAUGCCUGGUGACCAUUACUACUACUCUGGUGUUGGGAUUCAGUGUGAGCUCGGCCAAAAGCUCCACGUCCCCGUUGUAAGUAGAAAGGGCUCAUCAGGGAGGAAUUCCAAAACUCUCUAGGCCCUUUCCACUGACAAUGGUAACGUGGGGAAUGAUGUCUGGUUUGAUUUCUUUUGUAACAUAUAGCUAUUCCUUUGAGAAGCAAAACAUUUGUUUGCGAGAUUGCAUUAUAGUGCAUGCAUGUUGUAAGUUAUUUUAUUUAAUUGAUAAUAUAAGCCACAAUUAUAAUUUUCCAUGCAAUUAGGUCUACAUGGCUUUUUUGUACUUACAUAUUUCAUUGUUUUUACAGAAGUUUGCAGAGACUAUUUUGUAAGAAUCGAAACACAAUAUUGU